AUGAUUUUUGGGUGCGGUCACUCUAAUGUAGACCCGAGAUCAGGUUACAAUCCACCCGGAAUUGUGGGACUAAGCAGAGAACCUUCUUCCCUGGUAGGCCAAAUUUCGUACCCUCAUGUUUCGUAUUGCAUAUCAGCUAAUAAUGAAGGCAACCAUAGCUCUGUUAAGUUCGGCUCUGUAGCAGUCAUCACUGAGAAUACUGCUCAAACCCCAUUGUUAACUGGUCCACUUGGUUUUUACUAUGUAAGCCUAGAAGGCAUUAGCGUUGAUGGUACAAUGUUGGACAUUCCGAAAUCAGUGUUCAAUAUGACGCCAGAAGGAGAAGGAGGGGUCUUCAUGGAUACAGGAACAGAUCAUACUCAGCUGGUACUGCCAGCAUUUUAUGCAGUCACCAGUAAAAUAGAGGAUAUCUUGUUGGAUUUCAAAUCCUUACCAGAUGUGGAUGGCAGGUUCCCAGUGUGUUACAACGAUACGAAUUUUAGAUUGGAUUCGACACCAGAAAUAGUAUUCCAAUUUACAGGACUGGAGUUUCCGUUGAGUGCCAAUAACACUUGGGAUCAGAACUCUCUGGGCUACUAUUGUUUGGCUAUAUUGCCAGUUCCAACAAUUGUGGGUCAUUCUGUUCUUGGAAUGUACCAGCAAAGGAACGUAAUUGUUGGAUAUGACUUCAAUAACAACAUUGUAUCUUUGAAGUACAGCGACAAUAACUGCGCCUAA